AUGAGUAUGUUCUACAGUAAGUGUUACCCAGAUGUCUCUACUCCAUCUAGAGGCACAAUCGACUCAGUUGGAUAUGAUUUACAGUCCUAUGAAAAUUUGGUUCUACCAUCAAGAAAAAUAACUAUUGUGAAAACAGGAAUCAAGGUUCAACCUCCUGCUGGUUGUUAUGUUAGACUAGCCUCACGUUCAGGUCUCGCUUCGAAAGGAAUUGUUGUUCACGGUGGUGUUAUUGACCCUGAUUAUACAGGGGAAAUAAGGGUAAUACUUCAUAAUUGGUCUGAUGAGGAUUUCACAAUCACAAAAGGGAUGCGUAUAGCGCAAAUGAUUGUCGAGAGAGCAGAAGUUCCUGAUUUGGUUGAAGUGGAGCAGUUAAUCAAUGUUGGUGAGCGUGGUAGGAGUGGCUUCGGAUCGACUGGGAUUUAA